AUGACAAAACUCAUUGUUGUACAUGGAAUAAUUUUCGGGUUUUGGGGUCAAUUAUCUUUACCUCCUUCAACUAUACAAUUUCAAUGUCCACCACGUCCAAAUCAUGGAACUGAAGGACGUCCAAUUCUUUUGCGUGCUAAUCACUUUAAAGUUACUAAUUCUGGUGGUUAUGUUCAUUUUUAUGCUGUUGAAAUUCAGUUGGUUUUUUUUUUCAAUUGUUCGGGGCUGGAGGUUGGGGAUUUUUGUGAAAAGGGCUCAAAAGAUGAUUGAUUUAACAGGGUCAGAUUCUGGGACUCCAGGAAACUCUAGGAGUUUAAAAAACGUUUUCGUUCUCACUCUAGGUAAAGAAA